UCGGAUUGCCCUGAGUUUUAGGGGUUUCCAGCUUGCGUGGAGGUAAGCUCUGCAGUUUAGGGUUGCCAGGCCUGGAAGAUUGUAUAGGGUUGCAAAGGAAUUAUGAUUAUUUAGCCCAUGGUCUCUCACUGCUAACCCCAGGUUAAUAAUCCAUAACAGGCCGGUCAGUCCAGUGAGUAGUGGGGACAAGGUUUGGAGAGUCACGCUGAUGCUACCAAGUCAGGCUGGGGCCACCCCAGGGAAUGGCUCCUCUCUGGGCCGGAGCUCAGUUCUUGGCUUACCUCGGCGUGCUGGUAAUGGAGCUUCUCCAGGCAAGGGUAGGACACCAGGCCCUGGGUUAAUGGGAAACCGGUAUGAAAUGGCCCCGGGUGGUGGACAGGCCGUUUACAGUGGCAGUGAAGCUACCUCAGACUCUGGAGAAGAUGAUGAUCCACCUUCAUUGUCCAGGGGGGUGAAGCGUAGCUUAACCGAGCUGGACCUUGGGGUUCCAGAAGCUGGAGGCCCUGGGACAGGUGGAGGAGGAUAUCCUGGUGCCAGUGGGUCGGUUUCUGGAGCCAAACCUGGCAAGAAAACUCGGGGUAGGGUCAAGAUCAAGAUGGAGUUUAUCGAUAACAAGCUAAGGAGGUACACCACAUUCAGCAAGAGAAAGACUGGCAUCAUGAAAAAGGCCUACGAGCUGUCCACUCUGACUGGGACGCAGGUCUUGCUGCUGGUGGCCAGUGAAACAGGCCAUGUCUACACAUUUGCUACACGUAAACUGCAACCAAUGAUAACCAGUGAGACCGGGAAAGCUCUGAUUCAGACCUGCUUAAAUUCUCCGGAUUCCCCUCCACGUUCUGACCCUUCCACUGACCAGCGAAUGAGUGCCACCGGUUUUGAGGAGACUGAUCUCACCUAUCAAGUAUCAGAAUCUGACAGCAGUGGAGAGACCAAGGACUCUCUAAAGCCGGCAUUCACGGUCACUAACCUGCCCGGUACCUCCAGCAUACAGACUGCUCCCACCACCUCCACAUCCAUGCAGGUCAGCAGUGGGCACUCCUUUCCAAUCACCAACUACUUGGCACCUGUCACAAGUGCCAAUGGAACCGUACUGAAGACUGAGGGAAAUGCCAUGAGUUCAGCUGGUCUAAUGCAGUUGCCGACUGGCUUUACACUCAUGUCUGCAGGGGGAGCUGUAGCACAGCAAGUGCAAGCCAUCCAGGUUCAUCCAGCAAGUCAGACAUCACCGUCCAGUGACAGCAGCUCAGAGCUGAUCCAGACAUCUUCCAGUGGAACAGUGACAUUACCUGCUGCCAUCAUGACCUCUUCAGUGCCUACAACUGUUAGUGGGCACAUGAUGUACCCCAGUCCACACGCCGUGAUGUAUGCUCCCACUCAGGGUUUGGCGGAUGGCAGUCUAACCGUGCUCAAUGCCUUCUCCUCUGCUCCUUCCAUGCAGGUGUCACACUCACAGGAGCAGGGAGGCGUGCAGCAGGUGUUUCUAACUGCCCCGUCUGGUACUGUCCAGAUUCCUGUGUCAGCAGUGCAACUCCACCAGAUGGCCGUCAUCGGGCAGCAGUCCAGCACGAGCAGUAAUCUCACGGAGCUCCAGGUGGUUAAUUUGGACGCUACACACAGCAGUAAAAAUGACUGAUCAGGUGUGGAGCGCAGAACCUGACAUUACAAACUCUACCACUUAUUUAUUGUUGCCUUUUUCACGUUUUCUUUCAAUCGUCUUGGUUUCCAACAUAUGCCGGUAUGGCACAGAAGAUGGCUUUAUAUGCACCCCCAAAGAGAAAGAAGCCCCUGUCUGUACUAACUGCCCUCCCUGAAGUCUGCAGCAAUGAAAGGGUUAAAAUUAAAUGCCUGCGCUCCCUCACGCACUCUAGCUAAACACGUUAUUUUGCACUGACAUGGUGUGAGUGGGCGCAUCUACCCUAUGUAUCUGUUACAUAUAAAAGCUGAGGAACUGAUGUGGUGUGCUUGACCUGGGUGCACAUAGGGUGGUUCUACUGGACUUGGCUAUCAGUGUUAUCGUCUGGCAGGUCCUGUGCAGGGGCGGCUCGGUAAGCAGGAAAUAGAAGAAAAAGACCCCUCAAAAAAAUCUAUUUUUCUACAAGUCAGUUUUCAGUAUUUACAUUUAGAGGUAAGCUACGCCUUCAUUGAUCCCUAAACAGCUGGUAUAAGAGUCUGACUUUGCAGUGCCAGCACAGAAGCUCACUGGCACAAGGGCGCUACAGACUUGACGUUCUCAAUGCACAGCCAUUCAGUACAUUCGAAUCUUGUUUUAAAUCAUGUGUUUAUCUGGCUGAGAAAGUGAUCUUCAUAGGAAGCUGUUAUUUUUACUUAUUCUCCUGUUUCCAUGUGUGGCAGGCUCCAGUGAUAUUUACAGUUCAUGUUCUGCAUUCUUACAAAUUGACACAUCAGGGAAAGACACAAAACAUUUAACUGAAUAAACACGUGCUCCGUAACCACAUGGGUCCCAGAAAGUGUGGGUUCUUACGCUGUUUACAGUUUACCUCACCAGUCCCAUGUAUUUGUAUAGAAAGCAUUGUAUUUGCUGGUCAGAAAGCUUGCUCUGUGUAGAUAUAUAGUGAAUGCAGAGCCUUUUAUAUUAAUAUUUCAGUCCCAAAAGGUUGACCGGAAAAAUAAAUGACUUGCUGCUAAAUAAGAGUGCCUUCCCCAUAUUCCCACCACUGUUCUGCUCCUUGCUAUAACCAAUACCGUUCUAUCACAUCUGCACAGACAGUGGGUCAAGUGCCAGUUUUUUUUAGGGUAAGUGGCCAGGGCGUUAAAACAACUUGCACAUUUUUACGCUGUCAACAAUCAAGGUUACAUUUGGCAGAGUGCGGGAAUAUAGUCAAAGCAUACAGCAGCGUUGAUGGGCGCGUGUGAGGCAUGUGCUUUGGCUGGUGAGGAUUACCAUAGAGUUCUGUUUGUGUAUUUCAGCCUCUCUGGCCAUAGACUGAACCUUCACUAUACAUAUCCUAAGGCAUUAAACACAGCUAGGUGAGUUAGCAGAAAUAAAGUGCUUACUAGUUAAAUGUUUUGCAAUGUCCCAGACUUCAUCUGACCACCAGCAGGUCUUCAGAUGGAGGCCACUGUUAAAACCUGCGUGGUGUCUUGAACUUCCUCAGACAGAGCUGGAAUGGUUAUACUUUGCAGGAUGUCUCGUGUGACCUCCGACAGAGCUGCUGGAAGGUUAUACUUUGCAGGAUGUCCUGUGUGACCUCCGACAGAGCUGCUGGAACGGUUAUACUUUGCAGGAUGUCUUGUGUGUCCUCCGACAGAGCUGGAACGGUUAAACUCUGCAGGAUGUCUCGUGUGACCUCCGACAGAGCUGCUGGAACGGUUAUACUUUGCAGGAUGUCUUGUGUGUCCUCCGACAGAGCUGGAACGGUUAAACUCUGCAGGAUGUCUUGUGUGACCUCUGAUAGAGCUGCUGGAACGGUUAUACUUUGCAGGAUGUCCUGUGUGACCUCCGACAGAGCUGCUGGAACGGUUAUACUUUGCAGGAUGUCCUGUGUGACCUCCGACAGAGCUGCUGGAACGGUUAUACUUUGCAGGAUGUCCUGUGUGACCUCCGACAGAGCUGCUGGAACGGUUAUACUUUGCAGGAUGUCCUGUGUGACCUCCGACAGAGCUGCUGGAACGGUUAUACUUUGCAGGAUGUCCUGUGUGACCUCCGACAGAGCUGCUGGAACGGUUAUACUUUGCAGGAUGUCUCGUGUGACCUCUGACAGAGCUGCUGGAACGGUUAAACUCUGCAGGAUGUCUCUUGUGACCUCCGACAGAGCUCGAACGGUUAUACUCUGCAGGAUGUCUCGUGUGACCUCCAACAGAGGUGCUGGAACGGUUAUUCUUUGCAGGAUGUCCUGUGUGACCUCCGACAGAGCUGCUGUAAAGGUUAAACUCUGCAGGAUGUGUCAUGUGACCUCAGACAUAGCUGCUGGAACGGUUAUACUUUGCAGGAUGUCUUGUGUGUCCUCCGACAGAGCUGCUGUAACGGUUAAACUCUGCAGGAUAUCUGAUUCUUCUAGUAAGUUUGUUUCUAGAUCCUAUUUUAGCCAAAGUGAACCCAAACUUGGGGGACUGUUCUAUAUGAUUACAAAUUAAAUUCAACCCAGCAAACCCUUUAGUGACCAUGAUUUAGACACAUUCAUGACAAACAUGACUUUAUACGGACUACAAAGGGGUUAAAGACGCUAACAGGUAACCUGAAUUGAUCACUGUAUUCUCAACUAUGAAAACGUGUUAAAUUUUUUAUUUCUUUUGAUAAUGGAUUUUAACGUUUCUCUGUAUCCCUCCUAGUUGGCACGAGUUUCACUAUAAUGGGCUCACAGGUCAAUGGCUGUGUCCUGGAUUUUGAAAUUUUUGUAUUCACAACAAAUGGGCUGUUUUCUGAUAAUUACCUUUUUUCCCUUUUCUUUCUUUCUUUCCCCUCUGACAACCUUUCCUGGUUGCUGGACCAUAUGGCCAGUGCCAACGUACCAGCAGUAGUGCCCAUGCAGUACUGUGCCAGUGAGGGGCAAGUGGACAGCAAAGGCUGGGAAUACAGGCUACAUGCGAACACUUGGGGUCCUGAUUGGCUGCUGGGAGGUGCGCCCCAAGCUGGACUCCUCAGGGAGGUGGGAAAUUAGGGUGUAUAUCUCCUGCUUUUCAGUUAUUCAGAUUUUCAUUUUGUUGUGCUUGUGUGUAUUUUAUUAUGAUGAUUUAUUAUUAUUAUUAUUAUAAUAGAUCUUUUCCUUGGAAAAGUUCCUGGGAGAAGUUGUGGAAGUUAAACACAGUACUGUGUACAUAACCCCUUCUUUUGUAUAAAACAAAAAAUAAAUGUAUCAUUUUGUGCACA